GAAUCCAACCUUACCUAGCUCCAAUUGCUCUUCACUCAUCCACUCUGCUGAGCACUACACUACACUAUAAUCCCUACGUUCUGACUCCUCGACGAACGCCCCCAUCAAAAUGCCCUCCAAAAGCAACAACAACAACUACACCGACCCCGAACUCCGCCAGGAGGUCAAAGAGGAAGUGCAGCAAGGCGACAAGGGCGGGAAACCCGGCCAAUGGUCUGCGCGGAAGGCCCAACUCACGGCCCAAGAAUACAAAUCCCGGGGCGGGGACUACACGACCAGCAAGGACGAGCAGUCGCAAUCCCAGCGGAACCUGUCGCAGUGGGGCGCGGAGGACUGGGUGACCAAGGAAGGGUCGGGGACGGCCAAGACCGACGAGAGCGCGGCGGACGGCGGGCCGCGCAAGCGGUAUCUGCCCCGCGAGGCGUGGGAGGAGAUGAGUGAGGGGGAGAAGGAGGCGACGGAGAGGAAGAAGGUGGAGGAGGGGGUGAAGGAGAAGAAGCAGUUUGUGGGGAAUACGGAGGGGGCGAAGAGGAAGAGGGGGGAGGUUUCG